AUUCGAACCGCUACCGACCAAUCACAGCACGGAGCGCAGGGAGCGCAGCCGUUUGAAUGCUUUGCGGAAACAACCGACCCGAGCAGCGGACUCAGCCACAAGGCAGCUGGCUAGCUAACGAAGUAAAUCCAUGCAGUUCAUACAGAUGACCCGUUGAGUUGAGGGAUCCGCCGAUUUUGGAGGUCACAGUGGAUACACUGUUUUCCGGGGGACCGAACGUCUAUCGAGCAGCACACAGGCGAGGAUGACUUGGAUGUUCGGAGAAAGUCAGAAAGUCUGAACCGAUCCCUCCGCGAACCACCGCUCGCCUGCUUCCCGGUCAGCAGCGCGCGAUGAAGGACACGGAGAAGACCGUGAUGCGUCUGGUGGCGGUGCAACACCUCCGAGCCGCGUACGGGAUCAAGACAAAGAACUGGAACAAAAACAAGGCGGCCAGCUGCAAGACAGCAGCCGGCUCCUCGACAAAGGUUUUUGGGGUAUCGCUGGAGACCUUACCAUAUUACAACAUGGAAUGUGGCAGCGUGCCCAGCUUCCUGGUGGACGCGUGCAUGAUGCUGCAGGCGUACGUCGACACCGAGGGCCUGUUCAGGAAAUCUGGCUCCGUCGUUCGCCUGAAAGCCCUGCGGGCUAAACUGGACGCGGGCGAGGAAUGCCUGUCCGCUGCACUUCCCUGCGACGUGGCCGGCCUGGUCAAGCAGUUCUUCAGGGAGCUGCCGGAGCCGGUGCUGCCGACGGAGCUGCAGGAGGCCUUCCUGAAGGCCCAGCAGCUCCCCGCCGAGGAGGACCGGAGCGCCGCCACCAUGCUGCUCUCCUGCGUUCUACCCGACAGGAACCUGAGCGUCCUGCGUCACUUUUUCGACUUCCUGCAAAAUGUGUCUAAGAGGAGUGCCGAGAACAAGAUGGACAGCAGUAACUUGUCUGUGAUCUUGGCUCCCAACAUCCUCCACGCUGGAGACGGUACGGAGAAGAUGAACGCCAACACGGAGAAGCGCCUCAAGCUGCAGGCCGCCAUUUUGCACUGUUUCAUAGAGAAUGCCCACAACUUUGGCGUCUUGCCCCAGUUUCUUCUGGAGAAAGUUCCAGCCAUGAUGGGCUGCGAAGCCGGGGUCAUGUCCCCUGCCGAUGGACUCGAGGAGCUGGACCUAAACUCCGGGAUGAAGAAGAGGUCCAGGCGCAGCUUCGGAGAAAUGGUCAAUGGUGCCCUGAAUAAGAUAAAAGCUAGUAGAACCCCCACAAAUGCCACCCAGUCAGAAAGUCUCGUGUUUUCCUCGGCAACUCCCGUGAUCGCGACACCGACCUCAAAGCGGAAACUUCCCUCUGAAUACGCUCCCUCUUUUGGGUUCUCGAACAAGAAACUGCGAUCUGUCAAAAAGACCCUCGGGAUCGAAUUGCUUCCCAACACUUUGUUCAGCGGGGCGUCCACUCCUGGAUCGGCUUUAAGCGCUUCAGGGGUCUUGGACUCCUCCCACACCGCCGUGUCCCCAGCAGGGAAGUCGAGGAGGCAGUCGUCCGUCUCUGCGAGGAGGAAGAGCCGACGGAUCAGCAGCAGACAGGCGCUCAACAGGGUCGAGUCUGGAAGAUCUGGAUGCUUUUCUCCGAAAGUCAGCAAAAAAGAGGCGCCGCGCAAAUCCCUGCGCUCGCGAUUCAGCCUGGGGAAGAGCAGCAAGGAGGCUGGAUCCGAGUCCAUCGGCUGGCGACUCGCCACUCAGGAGAGCACCACCAGUUUUUGUUUCACCAAAGAGACGCGGUUCAGUCCUUCGGUUCUGCCUCGAAAAGCAGAACCCAGAAGCACCAAGUACGUCAGCAAGUCCGAGGACAACCUGCUGACCCCCCGCUGUGACUCAAGGGCCCACCGGACCCCGUGGAGCGGGGUGGCUCCUGCAGGAGGAGCCCCGGCUUUCGGCGGGGGGUCUUUCACGGACACCCCGACUUUACCCACUAACACGUGCUCAAUGAGCAACUACCAGUCCGAGCCGACCGUCGCCGUGUCAAAGCGCCCGCCGGCGCCGCCCAGCUUCCCCAAGAAGCUCUGCUGUGCUUCCAGUGCCGAGAGCCUGGGGGGCGAGACCCCCGAGGCCCCGAGACAAACCGGCCCCGCCCUCCUGACAGUAAAUCGGACCUUCACGGAGUCCGGCAGCGACCUCCGGACUGUCCCACCGGGCGACGUCCCGCUCCCCCCGCCGGUGACCCCCGCGGCCCGAGGUCAGCCGGGCUUCAUCCCUCAGCAGCGCCCUGCGGCCGACGAGCAGAACGUCACCUUCGGCCAGAUGGAAAUUGCCGCUCUAUCGCCUCUGCACAUUGACAGCGUGGUUUUUGAGCUCGGCGCGUACCGCAGCGACGGGGGCUCGGCCUGCGCCGCCGCCGACGGCAGCCGCGAGGGCUCGGCGCUGCUGGCGGCCUGCGAGACGGAGCAGGGGAACUGCAGCAGGCUGAUAGACGCCCUGGACAUCCAGAGUCCGGCUCACUUCCAGCGGGGCGUCUCCCGCGGGCUGCAGUCCACGCCGUACAAGCCGGGCCUCGACCUCGGCGAGGAGUUCGGCACGCCCCCGAAGGGCGGCGGAGAGUCUCCCCCGAAGGGCGACGGCCGAGAGCCGCUGUCCCCGCGCAGCCUGGAGACGGAGAAGCGCCGCGUGGCCGACCACAUCCAUCACUUCAACAAGCUCACCCUCCUUUCCCCCAAAGGCCGCCUGGCCGGACACGCGCGGUCGCCGCUCAAGUUCCAGCGCACGCCGGUGCGUCAGACCGUCCGCCGGAUGAACUCUCUCCUGGGGGAGGGCAGCAGGCCGCCCAGAAACGCGGCGGUGGUGAAGGCGGCGGCGAGCCUGGAGAGCGGCCUCUCCCCUCGGCGGCCGCCGCCCCCGCCGCGCCGGGGAGAGGCCCCCGCGGGGCCCGGCAAGGGAGCGCCGCCGGUCCCGCCCAAAAAGCCGAGCACCCGCCGGCCCAACGCCGCCGCUCUGGCCGACAUGACCAACAAGGUCCAACCAAAGACCAAAGCGGACGUCGCUGUGGCCGCUCCAUCGGGAGGCCGGAAGCCGGCGGCGGCGGCGGCGCAGCAGCUGGUGGAGAAGGACAUGAGCCAUUACAGAGGUUCCCCCCGAAACCCGCUCCACCAGGUGCAGCUGCUGUCCGCCACCAAGCCGGUCGAUUUAUAGCCUCACAUCUUUUUGCCUUUCGGGGUUUGUCCUCCUCGCGCUGCAGGUGCCUGACAUCUUAUGUAUUAUCCAGACUUUCAGGGCUUUUAAUUUAUUUUAUUUUUUAGCUACGAGAGGCGCCGUGUUUGUGUCGCGUUGGGGUCUUAGUGGGAGAUGCCUGGAGUUUGUUUUACUUUAGUAAAACAAGUCAUGGAGUUAAAUGCGGAGUAGUGUUUAGACUGUAGUGUGCCAGUCAGAUUAUGUGAAAUGAGAUCGAUGGGAAGUCUUGUGCUUUUAUUUAUGCGCUUUUUAAAAAAAUCUAAUCCUUAGUUAGAUGCCCUUUAAAAAAAAUAAUAAUACUGAAGUUGAAGCUGUUUCAUAACUACUCAAUAUUUGUUUACAAUAUACGGUCUCUCGUCGCGAGAAGAAAGAAGAAAUGCACCUUUUUCUUAGUGGUAAAAAAAAGCCAAGCAGUAUUGAUUCCAUCGUCUGUGUAUCGCAGUCUGUUCCUUCGCCAUGUGAACUGCUUCAGACAAAUAAACUCAAACGGCCUUUA